CCCCCAGUGAUGUCAGCCGUUGCCCUGAACCAUGGCUCAUGUCUCUAGAUGCUUCCUUGUCUUUGGCUUUUAGGGCAGGGCCUGGUCUCCUGCCUUAGGCUCUGCACGUGCCAUGCACCUAUCCCCCAGGUGUGUCAGAGCAGAUCAGCCGCAGCAAGUGGCAGACACAGUCAGACUGAGAACAUCUUGCUCUCCAAGGCCCAGCCCAGGGACGGGAGUGGAUAAAAGUCUCGUGCCAGGGCCCCAGGGCAGAAGCACACACACUGUGACCAUCUCCAGUCUGUCUGAAGCUGCGGGCCUGUUUGUCUCUGCCAUGUCUCUCUCCCCUUGCCGGGCCCAGAGGGGCUUCAGUGCUCGCUCAGCAUGUUCUGCUUUUUCAGGGGCUCGAGGCAGGGCUGGCUUUGGCAGCAGGAGCGUUAGCUCCUCUAGAAGAUGCAGAGCAAGCUCUUGUGGGAGGGCCUGGGGGGCAGAGGCCAGGCAAGGGGCACGGUUUGGGCAGGGGAGUGGAGGGCCUGGUCUUUCCCAGUGCCCUCCAGGGGGCAUCCAAGCGGUGACCGUCAACCAGAGUCUGCUGACCCCACUGAAGAUUGAGGUUGACCCCCAGUUCCAGGUGGUGAAGACACAGGAGACUCAAGAGAUCAGAACCCUCAACAACCAGUUUGCCUCCUUCAUUGACAAGGUGCGCUUCCUGGAGCAGCAGAACAAGGUGCUGGAGACCAAGUGGGAGCUGCUGCAGCAGCUGCAGGGGAACCACAGCCCUCAGGGCCUGGAGCCCAUCUUUGAAGCCUGCCUGGCUCGGCUCAGGCAACAGCUGGAGGAGCUUCAGAGAGAGCGAGGGGCUCUGGAUUCUGAGCUGAAGACCUACCAGGACCAGGAGGAUGAGUACAAGUCUAAGUUUGACCAGGAAGCUCACAAGCAUGCCUUGGUGCAGAAUGACUUUGUGGUCCUUAAGAAGGAUGUAGAUGCGGUAUUCCAGAGCAAGUUGGAUUUGGAAGGCAAGCUGGAGUCUCUGAGGGAAUAUGUCUGCUUCUUGACACGUCUGUAUGAAGAAGAAUUGGGACAACUGCAGACCCAGGCAGAUGACAUGUCUGUGGUGCUGUCCAUGGAUAACAACCGUUGCUUGGACUUCAGUGACAUCAUCGCUGAGGUCCGAUCCCGCUAUGAGGAGAUCACACGGACUAGCAAAGCUGAGGCAGAGGCUGUGUUCCAGACCAAGUACCAGGAACUUCAGGCAUCAGCUCAGCUUCAAGGGGACAACAUGAAGGAAACCCGGAUGCAGAUUUCCCAGCUUCGGCAGGCCAUACAGAAGUUGCAGAGUCAGAUUUCCAGCCUCAUGAAGCAGAAUGGUACUCUGCAGUCUGCCAUUGCCGAUGCUGAGCAGCACGGGGAGAUGGCUGUGAGGGAUGCUCAGGCCAAGUUGGAUGAGCUGGAGGGUGCUCUGAGAACAGCCAAGCAAGACAUGGCCCAAAUGUUGCGCGAAUACCAGGAACUAAUGGGCACGAAGUUGUCCCUGGAUGUGGAGAUUGCCAUGUAUCGAAGGCUGCUGGAGAGCGAGGAAUGCAGGAUGUCUAAGGAGUACAUCAGCCAGGUCACUGUCUCCACGGCAGAAGGCAGUGUUGUUGUCCCUGGAGGAGUUUGUAGAGGCCAAGUGAUCAUACCUGGAAGAAUUGGAGGAGGCCAAAUGAUUGUGCCUGGAAGAAUUGAUGGAGGUCAAGUGGUCAUACCUGGAAGAAUUGAUGGAGGCCAAAUGGUUAAGCCUGGAGGAGACUGUAGAGGCCAAAUUGUCAUUCCUAGAGGAGAUUGUGGAGGUCACAUGGUCAUUCCUGGAAGAGUUGAUGGAGGCCAAAUGAUUGUGCCUGGAAGAGUUGAUGGAGGCCAACUGGUCAUUCCUGGAAGAGUUGAUGGAGGCCAAAUGGUCAUUCCUGGAAGAGUUGAUGGAGGCCAAAUGGUCAUUCCUGGAAGAGUUGAUGGAGGCCAAAUGGUCAUUCCUGGAAGAGUUGAUGGAGGCCAAAUGGUCAAACCUGAAGGAGACUGUAGAGGCCAGAUGGUCAUACCUGGAAGAGUUGAUGGAGGCCAGAUGGUCAUUCCUGGAAGAGUUGAUGGAGGCCAAAUGGUCAUUCCUGGAAGAGUUGAUGGAGGCCAAAUGGUCAUUCCUGGAAGAGUUGAUGGAGGCCAAAUGGUCAUUCCUGGAAGAGUUGAUGGAGGCCAAAUGGUCAAACCUGAAGGAGACUGUAGAGGCCAGAUGGUCAUACCUGGAAGAGUUGAUGGAGGUCAAAUGGUCAUUCCUGGAAGAGUUGAUGGAGGCCAAAUGGCCAAACCUGAAGGAGACUGUAGAGGCCACAAGGUCAUACCUGGAAGAGUUGAUGGAGGGCAAGUGAUCAUUCCUGGAAGAGUUGAUAAAGACCAAGUGGUCAUGCCUGGAGAAGACUGUAGAGGGCAAAUGGUUAUACCUGGAAGAGUUGAUGGAGGCCAACAGGUCAUACCUGGAGGAACUGGUGGAGGCCAUGUGAUCAUGCCUGGAGAGGACUGUAGAGGCCAAAUGGUCAUGCCUGGAGGAGUUGAUGGAGGCCAAAUGAUCAUGCCUAGAGGAGAUUGUGGAGGCCAAAUGGUCAUGUCUGGAGGAGAUUGUGGAGGCCAAAUGGUCAUGCCUGGAAGAGAUUGUGGAGGCCAAAUGAUCAUGCCUAGAGGAGAUUGUGGAGGCCAAAUGGUCAUGUCUGGAGGAGAUUGUGGAGGCCAAAUGGUCAUGCCUGGAAGAGAUUGUGGAGGCCAAAUGGUCAUGCCUGGAAGAGAUUGUGGAGACCAAAUGGUCAUGCCUGGAGGAGAUUGUAGAGGCCAAGUGGUCAUGCCUGGAGGAGAUUGUAGAGGCCAAAUGGUUAUGCCUGGAGGAGAUUGUGGAGGCCAAAUGGUCAUACCUGGAGGAGAUUGUAGAGGUCAAAUGUUUUUGCCUGGAGGAGUUGGUGAUGGUCAAUUGGGCACUUGUGGACUCAGAGGCUGGAAAGGCAGCUUUGGAUCUAGAGGCUGCUCUAGCAUCGUAACUGGUGGCUUUGAUGUUCCCCUGGAAUCUGGAUGCAGUCCCAGCAUGGGUUCCUGCUCCGUGUCUGGCUCUGGCUUCAGUUCUGGCUCUGGAUCCUGCUGUCGCACCAUCCUGAAGAAGACAGUGGAAGCAAGUCGGAAGACCUCUGUCAUUUACUGAGUGACCAGGCAAUCAUACCCAUUCUAAAUCCAGCAAUCCUGCUCCCACUCCACCCCCCAUGUUCAAUGUCCACAGCCCAAGGCAUCCCAUUGGGCACUGGAGAAAGUCAAUAAAGUCUGUCUACUUGCUGUUCCAAGUGCUCAGCUGGCAGGCCUUGCUCUGCAUA